UGAAGUUUCAUCAGUUUGUCAAAGAGGAACGUAGAUCAAAGAACUGUGAGUGAAGACCACAAGAUUUUCAGUGAAAAAAGUUUAAUUUUAUAGUGUGUGGAUUGAUUCUAAUUAUUCUGCUUGAGACCUUCCAAAAUGAGGUUAUUCCUAGUAGCAGUUGUGUGCCUGCUGGCCACUGUUUUGGCCAAGGAUGAGAAAAAGGAAAAAGAUGAGGUUGGCACUGUUAUUGGUAUUGAUUUAGGAACAACAUAUUCAUGUGUCGGCGUGUACAAGAACGGCAGAGUGGAGAUCAUCGCCAACGACCAGGGUAACCGUAUCACGCCGUCGUACGUCGCCUUCACAGCCGACGGCGAGCGUCUCAUCGGCGACGCCGCCAAGAACCAGCUCACCACCAAUCCGGAGAACACUGUGUUCGACGCCAAGCGGCUGAUCGGCAGGGACUUUUCCGAUGCCACUGUGCAGCACGACAUCAAGCUGUUCCCGUUCAAGGUUAUUGAGAAGAGCGAGAAGCCGCACAUUCAGGUGGAGACGAGCCAGGGUGACAAGGUGUUCGCGCCCGAAGAAAUCUCCGCCAUGGUGCUGGGCAAGAUGAAGGAAACGGCCGAGGCCUACUUGGGCAAAACGGUAACCCACGCCGUCGUCACAGUGCCCGCCUACUUCAACGACGCCCAACGACAGGCGACCAAAGACGCCGGCACGAUCGCCGGCCUCGUGGUCAUGCGCAUCAUCAACGAGCCGACGGCCGCGGCCAUCGCCUACGGCAUGGACAAGAAGGACGGCGAGAAGAACGUGCUGGUGUUCGAUUUGGGCGGCGGCACGUUCGACGUGUCGCUGUUGACCAUCGAUAAUGGGGUGUUCGAGGUGGUGGCUACCAAUGGGGACACGCAUUUGGGAGGUGAGGACUUCGACCAGCGUGUCAUGGACCACUUCAUCAAGCUGUACAAGAAGAAGAAGGGCAAGGACAUCAGGAAGGACAACAGGGCGGUGCAGAAGCUGAGACGCGAAGUGGAGAAGGCGAAAAGGGCGCUGUCGGCCAGCCACCAGGUCAGGAUCGAGAUCGAGUCGUUCUUCGAGGGCGACGACUUUUCGGAGACGUUGACCAGGGCCAAGUUCGAGGAAUUGAACAUGGACCUCUUCCGCUCGACCAUGAAACCUGUCCAAAAAGUCCUGGAGGACGCCGACAUGAACAAGAAGGACGUGGACGAAAUCGUCCUGGUCGGUGGAUCUACUCGUAUCCCGAAGGUGCAGCAGCUGGUUAAAGAGUUCUUCAACGGCAAAGAGCCCUCGAGAGGCAUCAAUCCCGACGAGGCAGUGGCGUACGGGGCGGCCGUACAGGCGGGAGUGCUGAGCGGGGAGCAGGACACCGAUGCCAUCGUGUUGCUGGACGUCAACCCACUGACCAUGGGUAUCGAAACUGUGGGCGGAGUGAUGACCAAGCUGAUACCCAGGAAUACGGUCAUCCCCACCAAGAAGUCGCAGAUCUUUUCCACGGCUUCGGAUAACCAGCACACCGUCACCAUUCAGGUGUAUGAGGGCGAGCGACCAAUGACCAAGGACAACCACUUGCUGGGCAAGUUUGACCUGACGGGGAUCCCCCCAGCGCCUAGAGGAGUGCCGCAGAUUGAGGUGACCUUCGAGAUCGACGCGAACGGUAUCUUGCAAGUAUCGGCCGAAGACAAGGGCACCGGCAACCGCGAAAAGAUCGUCAUCACCAACGACCAGAAUCGUCUCACGCCCGACGACAUCGACCGCAUGAUCCGCGACGCCGAAAAGUUCGCCGACGAGGACAAGAAGCUCAAAGAGCGCGUCGAAGCGAGGAACGAGCUGGAGAGCUACGCGUACUCGCUGAAGAACCAGCUGGGCGACAAGGAGAAGCUGGGCGCCAAAUUGUCGGACGAGGAAAAGAGCAAGAUGGAGGAGGCGAUCGACGAGAAGAUCAAGUGGCUGGAAGACAACCAGGACACGGAGGCGGAGGACUACAAGCAGCAGAAGAAGCAGCUGGAAGAGGUGGUGCAGCCGAUCAUCGCGAAGCUGUACCAGGGAGCGGGAGGAGCGCCUCCUCCGCCAUCGGGCGGCGAGGAUGAGGACGAGCUGAAGGACGAGUUGUAGGGCGUGGUUUGAAGACUGAAACAAACUGUGUGAGUGGGCGAGUGUGUGUGUGGUUUUUUUAUGGAUACUUUGCGACUGUAAUAAUUUCAAUACGUACAAUAGUUUUUUCUGUUUGAAUUGAUGAAAUCAACAAUGUUUUUUUUUGUUAAAUUGUAUUUAUUUUGUCAAAUACUAGUGUUCGAUUUUUGU